CGAACGGCGCAACGAGGUCACCAUCCAUUUUUACAGGGCCGAGGAGCAUCCUCUCCUUUUGGUACCGGUGGCUGCUUCGCCAACUAGCCCAGCAUGUCGUCAACACAGCGGUUCGCGUUCGUCCCUAUGGACGAUGACGAACCAGCCGCGCCCGCCAAGCCCGAGAAGAAGAGACGCCGCUCACGCUCGAGAUCCCCGCGCCGUAACAAACGGCAUCGUGAUGACUCUCCUCCCAGGCGCUCACGGUCGCGAUCGCGGUCACCUCGUCUAAGCAAGCGAGACGAGACCAAGAAGGCCCCGGACCCGGCCGUCGACGAUCUACGUCUCAAGUCUCGCUAUGCAUACUUGGCCAAGCGCGAGGCUGAGAAACUUGCGCUGCUCCGGAAGCAGGUAGCGGAGGAAACGGCCGAGUUACGUUCCGGGGUGCGGUUGUCGGAGAAGGAGAAGGCCGAGUUUGCCAAGAACCGUGAGAUCCUCAGCUUGGCAGAGGAGCGGGCGCGGAUCGACGACUACCAGGAUGGCUACCGGCUGCCGGAAAACUACCUCACCGAAAGUGGCAAGCUCGACGGUAAAAAGAAGCACGAUGCGCUGUACAGGCGGCAUGUUGAAAAGGACGAGUUUGGCCAAGAGAAACAUGUUACGGAGUACGAAGAGUGGGAAAGGGAGCAGGCCGACAAGGCAAGAAGCCAAAUACAGAGGGCGGAGAGGGAGAAUGAAGGGGAAUAUGACUUUCUGCUGGAUGAAGAUGCCAUCACGUUUGUCCGGGAUGCGGCAAAGUAUGCACAGCAGCAGCAGCAGGAUGGCUUGACCCAGGAACAGAGGGUGCUGAAAGUGCAAAUCGAUGCCGCAGAGCAGGCUCAAAGAACCAUCCAGGAGGUCAGGAAGUCACUCCCGACGUAUCAGUACCGCGAGCAGUUCCUAGCUGCUAUCAAGGAAUACCAAGUCCUCAUCCUAGUGGGAGAAACGGGCAGUGGUAAAACGACACAAAUACCGCAAUAUCUCCACGAAGCCGGCUACACAGAGGGCGGCCUGAAAGUCGCUUGUACGCAGCCGCGAAGAGUCGCAGCCAUGAGCGUCGCUGCUCGUGUUGCGGACGAAAUGGGGGUUAAGGUGGGCAACGAAGUCGGCUACUCGAUCCGCUUCGAGGACUGCACGAGCGACAAGACGAUACUCAAGUACAUGACUGACGGAAUGCUUCUUCGAGAAUUCGUUACGUCCCCUGAGCUAGCCGGAUAUUCGGCCAUCAUGAUUGACGAAGCUCACGAGCGGACAGUCCAUACGGAUAUCCUCCUGGCUCUAGUCAAGGACUUGGCUCGGGGAAGACCCGAGAUGAAGAUCAUCAUCUCUUCAGCUACAAUGGAUGCACAGAAGUUCUCCGGAUAUUUCGACGACGCACCAAUCUUCAACAUUCCGGGACGAAAGUACCCUGUCGACAUUUAUUACACGCCGUCUCCUGAGGCGAACUACCUCGAGGCCGCGAUAGUUACAGUCUUUCAGAUCCACACAAGUCAGGGAGACGGAGACGUCCUAGUGUUCCUGACUGGUCAAGAAGAGAUCGAGAGGGCAGCAGAGCGGAUCACAGAAAUCAGGCGGAAACUCGGCUCAAGGGUGCGAGAGUUGAUCGUCGCGCCCAUCUACGCAAACAUGCCCUCGGAACUGCAAGCCAAGAUUUUCGAGCCCACACCGGCAAAGGCCCGGAAGGUUGUCCUCGCGACCAACAUCGCCGAAACCAGUGUGACAAUCGAUGGCAUCGUCUACGUUGUCGAUUCUGGGUACGUCAAAGAAAACGUAUUCACUCCCACGGGUACCACGGGCAUGUCCACGCUCUCGGUGGUUCCAUGCUCGAGGGCGGCUGCCAACCAGAGGAGUGGCCGUGCAGGCCGUGUACAGCCCGGAAAGUGCUUUAGGUUAUAUACAAAGCAUGCCUACUUAAGCGAGAUGGACGAUUCCACGACGCCCGAGAUUCAGCGGACAAAUCUCUGUUCGGUGGUUCUUCAGCUUAAAGCGCUCGGGAUUGAGGAUCUCUUGGGCUUCGACUUCCUUGAUCCUCCGCCGACGGAACUACUCAUCAAGUCCCUCAACCAGCUCUACGCGCUGCAGGCGCUCAACAGCAACGGCCAACUGACAAAGGCCGGCCGGCAGAUGGCCGAGUUCCCUGCCGACCCGAUGUUGGCCAAGGCCCUCAUUGCUGCCACCCAGGAGGGCUGCGUCGAGGAAAUGCUCACAGUCGUCUCGAUCCUGGGCGAGGUGUCGACCCUGUUCUUCCGGCCCAAGGACAAGAAAGUCCACGCCGACAGCGCGCGCGCGCGCUUCACCGUCAAGGAUGGCGGGGACCACCUCACGCUCCUGAACAUCUACAACCAGUGGGUCGACAGCGACUACUCGCCCAUCUGGUCCAAGGAGAACUUCCUGCAGCAGCGGUCCCUGACGCGCACCCGCGACAUCCGGGACCAGCUGGCCAAGCUCUGCGACCGGGUGCUCGAGGGCACGUCGACGUGCGGCGGCAUCUCGAACAUGCAGCCGGUGCAGCGGGCCAUCACGGCGGCCUUCUUCCUCAACGCGGCGCGCCUGCAGCGCAGCGGCGACGGGUACCGCACGCUCAAGACGAGCACCACCGUCUAUGUGCACCCGUCGUCGGUGGUCAGGUCGUACGACCCGCCGCCGAAGAUCAUUAUCUACCACGAGCUCGUCGUCACGAGCAAGGAGUACGUCCGGUCCGUCAUACCCAUCGACCCCAAGUGGCUGUCCGAGUUUGGGUCGCACUACUACGACAAGAAGGAUGUUGAGGCCCUUGAGGUCAAGAAGAUGCCCAAGCAGAGGACCUAUUAGGGGGGAGGCGGGAGAGAUAUAAACUAUUGUGGGUGUGUCGCCAGCUAGUUCUGGCCUCCAUUCCCGAAUUACCAACUGUUGACAAGCUCGACAAGCUUUGGCCCGGGUUGUUAGGGUACAGAUAGUAAAGAGCUGAUAGUAGUGAUGGUCAAUGUCCGGUUGCGCUUAAGGAGUAUAACUGGUGAUUUCAGGUGCUCAACACAAGGAAACAAAGCAUAUAACUAGGCUCUAUUACGAUGAGUCGGCGAGAACGCACGGCGGGUGCGAAAUAGACUGAGAUGAAGAUGAGGGACUGAGGCACUUAGGCAGGCACAUGUUCCCCUGGUAGGCGUUCAGAGGGAGAGGGCUUUAGGCUUGACACACAAACCAAAGUGAGAGGGUAGUGAGAGGGUAGUCAAAACUACAUAGGUACUGAACCUCCCAAUAAAUCCGACCCGAGG